GUCAAGUGCACCCCCCUCUCUCUCACCCCCCUCUCUGCGCUGCUACACCAUGGCACCAGCUUCGACGCUUGUUUCUCCCGCAGUUGCAUUAGUACUUGCGUUUCUAACAAGUGCCUCCGCAUUUGUUUCGACUUGCAGCUCUACGUCAGCACUGCAGCUGUUAUCAUGUCAUCGGCGGCGAGGGUAUCCUGCUGCUGCUGCUGUAUCGCCAGGGAUGACGAUGAUAAGUCCUGUCCGGAUGGUCUCCGAUAGUGUGGCAGAAGUGAAGUCGAAGGUGCUGCAGCUCGCGGCGGCCAUGGACAGAGGUGGCAUGGCAAACCCAGGCGUAUCGAACGCCUACUUGGGGACCAAGGACGACAUGCGGCUCCUGGUGGAAUCGCUCGCGGAGCUAGACCCAGUCAACAAGCCGCUCACCCCUUCGGAGCUCAGCGGCCGCUGGGAGUUGGUUUACACCACGGUCGAACUUUUCCGCGCAUCCCCUUUCUUCCAAAUGGUCGAGGCCGGCUACGACGAUCCCGAAAAGUCCAACUUGUUCUUCAAGCUCCACCAGCUUCAGACCGGAUCUUGGGGUGCUAGCAAAAUCGGCCGAGUCACACAGACCUUGGACCUCAUUGAUUCGGUCCCGCCGAGCAUAGAAGGGGGGGAUGCGACCGCCACGCCAGCAGCCGAAGCAGAAGCAGCGGCAGCAGGUGCGAUCGAGGGGAGCGACAAAGCGGGAGUAGUCGAGGACAACACCGACGUGUCUGGCGGCAGCGGCUCCUUGGAGUCGGAGGUGGAUUUGAUAAUUCUACCGCUGACGUCCGUGCCGCUGGUGGGUUUCUGGAAGCUCCUGCCGACGUUCGGGGGAUGCAUCGCCACUAAGGCCAAGUGUUCUCUCGCGGGGGACAACAAUGAAGUGGUUCAGCUGGUUGUAGAGUCGACAAAGCUCAAGGCGGUUGAGGACGUACCGUUGCUUCCUCUGGCGGGGCCCCUCUUCGAGGGAAUGGAAUUUCCGACGGGGGAGGUCACCAAGAAGGUUAUGGGGAACGUGCCGGUGACCAAGCAAACAGUAGUGUACAUCGACGACACCUUGAGAGUGAUGGAAGACAAGGCCGGCGAGCUUUACAUUUACGCCAGGCCACUCAAGAGCUUCUAG